AAGAGCUUUAACGUGUUGAGAUUUUCUUCAACACACUCGUUUUUCAUUUGCCAGAACCACUACACGAGGUUGUAGUAACGUAGUAAAUCUAACAGGUGGCACUAGAAACCGUCAAAACAUGGAGCCUGAACAGGAGGUUUAGUAUUCUGAUACAGCUGACGAGGCCGAGGCACGGAGAAGGAUGCUGAGGGCUCGUCGCUCUACCAGCCUUAUCAAGGGGGCAUCUACCCAUCAGAGUCCCACCAGACACUCACCUGUUAAAGGUGGCACGUACGAUUCAGAGCUAAUGAGGGUGUUACGAGAAAGAGAUGAACUGCAAAACAUGUUGGAGAAACAAGAGCGGCACCUCUCAGAGAUCCAGGCCAAUGUUAAAGUGCUCACAGCCGAACGGGACAAGACCAGAAUGCACUACCAGCAGGCUCAAGAGGAGAUAGCAGCUCUACGACGGGAGGUCAUGAAGUCAAAGGCCGCACGAGGGCCCAAGAGCAGUGUGACCGCUCAGAGCAUCCUGAAACGAGUGGAGGCCGAACGGGACGAGGCCAUAACAGACCUCAACCGCAUGACCACAGAAAGAGACAGCCUGAGAGAGAGACUCAAGAUCUCUCAGGAGACAGCCAUCAGCGAGAGAGCUCACCUGGAGCAGAGGGUGGAGGACCUGCAGGUUGCUGUACUCACACUGGAGCAGGAGCGAGGGGAACAGAAAAGCAGGCACACUCAGAUGAGGGAGACAAUGAUGAGUCUGGAGGAGGAAGUUCAAAUACUUGGGCGAAAACUCAAUGCCAGUGAGGAAGAACUCAACCACCUCACAAAUGAGUGCAGCAGCCGCAGACUCACAAAUAAUCAGUUGGAAAUCUCUCUGAGUGAGAAUCAGCGAAGACUAACCAGCAGGAUUGGAGAGCUACACAACACUCAGGAGAGAAAUAAAAUGCUGGAUGAGAAGAAUGACUCUCUCCUGAGGCAGGUGACUGCUAUGCAAGAGGAGAUGAACACACUGCGGGGAACAGUCUCAGAGCUGGACCAGCACAGAGUCUCACUGCAGGAACAACUGGAGAAAAAGACCGAUCUGCUCAGCACAGCAGAUGACCAGCUAGAUGAGAAGGAGAAAACCAUCAGGAGCUUGAAACUGAGAACCAAGGAUCUUGAGACAACUCUAAUUGUGUUAUGUUCACCAUCCAGAGCUCUGAGGGAGACCGUAGCUGGCAGAGAAAGAGAGCUGGAUUUUCUGAGGAGGAAGCUGUCAGACUCUGAAAACAAGAUGGGCACAGCGAUGAAAGUCAAAGACGCCACAUUGCAAAAGAACGGCCAGCUGAGGGAAGACCUUGACAAAGCACAUCUGGAGAAUCAGACUUUACAGCUCAAGCUGGAUGAAGCUAAUGAGGAAAUAGAAGACUUGCAGAAAAAAGUACAAGUUCACAUUGCUGAUAUCUCACGCACUGAAGAUCUGUUGUCUGCUAAGGAGCGUGAGUGCAGAGAACUGCAAGAGUCUCAAAGGAAAGCGUCACUUCAGGUGGAAAGCUGGGAGGAGCAGGCCAGACAUGCUGAAACCACUGUCAUUGAACUCCGUCUUGAGCUUCACAAUUCAAACUUAGAGAUCCUUCGACUCAAAGAAAGAGCAGACAGCCUAGAGAGCAGCCUGCAACAGGCACUGAGUGCAGAGCAUAGCUGUACUAGCCAGCUGUCUCAGCUUAACCGAAAGAUGAUUCACAUGGAGGAAGUUCUGCGUCAGGCCCAGACUGAGCGCAUACAGGUGCAGACCGACCUGGAAAAAACACGAGAGCUCUGCGUCAAACUGGACGCCAGCAAAGAAGCUGUGCAGAGUGAGCUGGAAUCAUGCCACUCUGAGAUUGAGCUGUUACAGAAGCAGCUGGCCAGCGAACGUCUGUCUGUUCAGACUUUGGAGAGCCUGCUGGUGUCUUCACGAGAAAAGGAGCUACAGAGGCAGCUCACCUCUCAGGAAAGACAGACCGAAAUACAAAUUCUCAAGGACAAACUCAGCAUGGCUGACAGCAAAGUGAGUUCUCAGAGUAGGGAAAUGGCUCAACUGAGGACACGAUCAACCCAGCUGGAGGCAGAUCUUGAGAUGACCAAGAGACACCUGGCCACUGAGCGCUUUGAACGGGAGCGUGCAGUACAGGAGCUGCGUAGGCAAGGACUCUCAGCUAUUUCUCCUGUCCUCUCCUCCACUAUGCGCUCCUCAUCCACUUCCCGUCGUCACUCUCUGAGUCCUCACAGAUCAUGGUCUCCAGAACGCUCUCAUCACAGCACACCUGACCCACUGCUUGUGCCACAUUACCCUGACAGGAGUCUGAAUUUCAGGGACCUUUAUGACUGAGAAGAUCUCAAUACUCCCAUUUUGAUGGCAUAAUUCAUUCAUUUCAUCUCCUUAGGUCUUGGAUUCU